GGUUCGCGGGGUGGCGCGGCUGGCAGGGGACAGAGCCGCACCACCGCGAGCUCCCAGAAAGCCAAGCGGACCCUCAGCUCCCAGCCUCGCCCUGUGGAGAAGCCCGGCCCUUGGUCUGGUUUGAAGCUAGCCCCGCCCCGAGGCCUAGCCCCGCCCCGGAAGCGUGGCCUCCACCCGAGAGUAGCCGCGUCUCUAUGGAAACGACCCCCCACCUGGAGAAAGACUAAGAGUACUAUGGCUGCUGGGGAGCCGGGGGUUUCAGGCGGUUACUACUUCAGGUUCCUGCCUCAGAAAACCUUCCCAUCUCUGAGCGCCCCGGAGACCACCAGCCGGCUCCGCCAGUGGUCCAUGCUGGGCAGAAUCAAGGCGCAGGCGUUCGGGUUUGACCAGACCUAUCGGGCCUAUCGGAAGGAUGACUUCGUUAUGGCUUUCUUCAAAGACCCAAAUGUUAUUCCAAAUUUACAUUUACUUUCAGAUUCUUCUGGACAGUGGAUGACAUUAGGAACUGAAGUGAAAAAAGUUGAAGCUACAAAUGUUCCUUGCACACAACUUUCAAUGUCAUUUUUUAAUCGCUUAUAUGAUGAAAAUAUUGUACGAGAUACUGGACACAUCAUUAAGUGUUUAGACUCUUUUUGUGAUCCAUUUCUCAUUUCUGAUGAGUUACGAAAAGUUUUAUUAGUGGAAGACUCAGAAAAAUAUGAAGUAUUCAGCAAACCAGACAGAGAGGAGUUCCUGUUUUGUCUUUUUAAACAUCUUUGCCUUGGUGGAUCCCUUUGUCAAUAUGAAGAUGUGCUUAAUCCAUAUCUGGAAACCGCAAAGCUUAUCUAUAAGGAUCUGGUGAGUGUGCGAAAACAUCCUCAAACCAAGAAAAUACAAAUUACUUCUUCUGUCUUUAAAGUUGCAGCCUAUGAUUCUACUGGGGUAAUCUUGGAUUUGAACCUGAAUUUGAAUGUGGAAGGCAGCCGGCAACUUGGAUACAGAACUGUGAAGAGAAAGUUUGCUUUAGCUCUUAAUAUGUAGCAUCAUCCCUUAGUAUCUUAAUUGUUUACUGAAGGAAUAACUGAUUUCCAGAUAUGUUGCUGUAGAUUGAACAUACCCUCUCUGAAAUGCCUGGGACCAAAAAGAUUUCAGAUUUCAGAGUUUUUCAUAUUUUGCUAUAUUUGGAGACUGCAGAUUAAGCAUCCCUAAUCCAAAAUCCUAAAUACUUCAAGUAUAAAACUUUUUGAGUGCUGAUGUGACACUAAAAAGCAGCACUUCUGAUUUCAGAUUUGCAGAUGAGGGAUACUCAACCUAUAAUAUUUAUAUUUUUCCCUUGAAUUUCUUUAAUAUUUUUAAGUUGAUACAUAGUAGAAAACAUUCAAAUUAUACAUAUUUAUGGAGUCCAAUGUGAUAUUUGAGUAUAGGUAUAUUAUGUGUAAUUUAAAAUUAUGUAAAAACAUGGAAUUGCUGGACAUGGUGGCACACUGUAAUUCCAGCACUAUGGGAGGCUGGGGCCUAAGGAUUACAAAUUCAAUCCCAGUCUGAGCAAUUUAGCAAUUUAGGAAGACCCAAUCUAAAAAUAGCCCUGGGUUCAAUCCCCAAAGUACCAGUCUUGCAAACUGCACAAUCCCUCAGGUCCAAGACCCUCUUAAUUAGUAGCUCUUUUUGAAUUUCCUGUCUGUGCAGUUUGCAUUAGAGUCAUAUGCAUUCCCUAUAAACCAAGUAGGGAAGGUAAUCUCUAAGAGUGACAACAGAGACCAGUCCAUGAAUUCAGAGAUGAAGAGGUCAUUAUGAAUGAGGCCCAAGGAGGGCUUAAUCUGACUUCUAUGGAAAAUCUGAUAUGGUUUUAAUAACUAGAGAGCUCGCUGGGGAUUUAGCCUCACAAGCGCAAGGUCCCGAGUUUGAUCCCAGGUACCAAAAAAAAAAAAAGAGAGAGCUCAAGGGAGUGCAAGGUGUGGCAGGGUAUGCUGGGCCGGACUGGGUGAAAAUCCAGAGGUAAAAGAGAAACUGUCAGUCACUUUUUUUCAGCUCUCAAGGUAAAAGUAGAACGUACCUUUGAGGAAAGAUUGCGCCAUUGUUUUGGGAAAAUUACUUGAAUGACCUAUCUGUGAUUAUGCAAAUUAUCUAAAUAGGUUUAAGGGGAAUGUGAUACAGAGUUUGGGCGGGGUUGGCAGAUGGCCUGAAUUCUUAGUUUUGCCAUUACUUACUAGGUGACCUUUAGUUGAUUACUUAACCUUUCUGUGCCUUAGUUCCCUUUUCUAUAAAAUGGAGAAAAUAAGACUUAUUCAUAGGUUAUUUUGAAAAUUAUAUAAAUACAUAUAUUUGGUUUAUGAAUUUUGACUACACUCGACUGGGGAAAUAAAAUGAACUCAACUGUCUGAAUAAUAAUGUAAAAUGUCUUCAGGAAUUACUUUUUAACCGAUUAUUAUUACUUUGACUAGAUGAAUGUGAAAGAAAAAUUGGUUUAUCCUCUCUGAUGGAGUUCUCUCCCAGACAAAAUGGCCCCUAUCGUCCUACAUUCUAAAAUGGCUCCCAUUCCUAAAAUGGUUCCCACUUAAGGAAAUGAGCCACUUCAGAAAAGUGAAACCUACUCCCUCUGGAGAAGCAAAGCCUAACUUGUUGCUCCACCCUGCUACCUGCGUGAUCCUCCCCCUUCCAAUCACCUGGCGUCCUGUUGCCUGCCCAGCAACCCGACCAAUUCUCAACUCUCAGGAUACUCUUCCCCACUGCACCGCCCUAUGUAAACCUCACCCCGUUAGUCUCGCUCUCUCACUCUCUCUUGCCAUUGUUCGAGGCAGCCCAGCAGCUCUUUCCCCCAGUAAAGCCCUACCUUGGAUGCUCCUGUUUCAGCUCAACUUCUUUCUCUCCCUGGGCCCCAGAGUUAGACACCCAGGUUUUUUGUUUUGGGGGGGGGGUUGUUAUCUUUUUGCACACUGGGAUUUCUAAUGUAAUGGUUUACCAUCUGUCAUGAAAUCAAGUAUGGUGUCACAUACCUGUAAUCCUAGCACUUUGGGAGGCUGAGGCAGGGGGAU